GUCCUAUGCCUUACAGUCAUAAUAAUUGUAAUCACUAAAAAUAACCUACAAAUAAACAUUGGAUGUUCAUAUUUUCACCGUGUAAACAACCACUUCUUCGGCAAUUUCAAACAUUUGAGAGAACACAGUCAGCUUUUCAGAGGCAAUCAUCAUCAUGUCAGGGUUUCUAGACAACGUUCAGUGCCCUCGUCCAGAGUGCUGCGAUGCUAUUCCUGAGAAACGCAACUUCAUUUCCUCUAUUGCAGCUGGCGUUCUUUUCUUUGGAGGUUGGUGGGUGAUCAUAGAUGCAGCGGUUGUGUUUCCAGAUAACAGCGAGAUGAAGCAUGCUUACCAUGUGUGUGGUGUAGUGUCAACCAUAGCAUUCUUCAUGAUAAAUGCAGUGUCCAGUGGGCAAGUCAGAGGAGAUUCCUACGGUGAAGGAUGUAUGGGGCAAACUGGUGCAAGAAUUUGGCUCUUUAUUGGGUUUGUGCUUUCUUUUGCUGGGUUGAUUGCCUCAAUGUGGAUCCUUUUUGAAGACUACGUCGUAAAUCCUAAGAAUAACCCAGGAGUCACAAAUGCAUACCCUGGCGUAGCUGUAUUCUUGCAAAACUUUCUGAUUUUCAUUGGUGGACUUGUCUUCAAAUUUGGGAGAGCAGAAGAGUUAUGGGAGUAGAUACAAAAAUACUCCCGUUAUUUCCAAUGAAAAUUAGUAGUAAGGUUUUGGAUAUCAUUGUAUAUCACUUGCCCAUAUGUACCAGUAAUGGUCAUAUUUGCUAAAUCAUUUGAUUUUUUUUCUCUGAUAUUAGUAAUGAUACUGCUAAUAAUUAAUAGGCAUCCUGCAUUCACUUAUAAAUUUGAGAAUGUGCAACUCAGAAUAAAUGAUAGUUUUCAAAAUUUUAAAGACUGAAUUGAAAAGUAUACAUAUAUCUUCUUUAUUCAUUGUGAGGAAUAUAUUAUUGGAAUUAUCUUCUUCUCUUUUGCAAGGUGGGAUUGUAAGAUGCCAAAAAAGUCCUAAAUAUUUGUGGUAAGAGGUUGAAUAAUGUCAUUUAUUAUAUUAAACCUAACUCUGUACAGAUAAUGUCAUACAAACAAAGUUGACUCUACCGGUAUACAAUUUAACUAAUAUUAGUUGAGUAUUACAUGUACAUCCUAUGUUAAGCAUAUUUCAAACUUACUUUUAUUUUUGUAUAUAUGUAUUUCAAAGUCAGUUUUACAUUUAUUCUUUUGUUAAAAACAAAGCCCUGCCUAGAUUUAGUUGAAAUGAUACUACUAAAUGAAAAAUAAUAUCUUGGUUAACCUUCACACAUAUUCGUGGGUAUGGGAAUUACAGGCAUCAUAAAUUGUAUUAGUAUUCAGAGAAACCUUUAUACAAACAAAGUCAUUUUCUGUUAUAAAGGACAAAUAUUGUAUAAUAUAGUCAUGAAAGCAGGCUCUGCAAUUGCCAUAAAGUUGUUCUAUUAUGUAUCAAAAUAAUUUCUUUUAUGAUAUUCAAAGAAAGCUAAUAUACUUGUCACAUGUUUUAUUUAUAACUCACUGAAUAUUUAUGAGGAGAUGCUAUGGUAUAUAUUAAUGUUUUGAGGAGGUUGAGAGUCUUAUGUCAUUUAGUUUGGCUAGACACCAGAAAAGGGUCUACAUAUUGAUUUUGUUUAUGGAGGUGAAAUUGAUAGCUAGUUACAUGUAGAGCAAGCGAGAGCCAGUAAGAUGAUAAUGAUAAAGCUUCAAAUGCACAGUUAAAUAUAUUUAAUUUCAAAUCUCAAAAUUACAUUAUUACUAUUAUCAUUAUGAAUACAUUUUGACAGGGAUACAGGUUACAUUUCAUAACGUAAAUAAUUGAUUCAUUUGUAAGGAAAACAUCUACAGAAAAUCCAGGCAUUUUCUCAAGAUAUUUCACCAUUAUUUAUUUCCAAUUUUCAAAGUGACAUUUAUGAAAGCUGACAUUUCUAGCAAAUUUUUUUCUUCCACUGAGCAAAAUUAUUACAGGAAAAUGAGUUUCUCUUAUUAGACAGGAGAAUAAUCCCAAAAUUGUUUAUAAAGCCGAGUUGUUGUCAUGAAAAUAAAAUAUAUAACUGAAUUGGCUAAGAUAUAUAUGUAUUUGCAUUCAUCUUGUAAAAUCUUUUCAGAAAUUUCAGCCAAGUGUUUGUACACAUUUUGUUCCUUCGCAAUCUACCCCUUUUCCCUGUCAUACAUGCAUAUGGGUAGAGAAAAAAUGUUAGAUAGUACGACUCGAAUUAUAGAAAUAUAUUGGUGUUAUAUUUUGCAUGUAAAUAGAUGAUUUAUGAUGAUUCUAGAUUUAAUUCAGUUUGUAAAUGUCUAGAUACAUAAACAGACAUUAAUUUACUUGUUUUUCAUGUGAUGUAAAACUGUCAAUUUCAAAGUGCAAGUUCUUUAUUUUAAAAUUUUUGUGUGUAUAUUCUAUUUAUGCAAGAUGUGAAUACCACACGUUUUAUGUAAUGGUGUGUGGGGGGGGGGGUAUAAGAUAAUUACAACUGUAGCAUUGUGAGAGGGAUAGUCGGGACACGCAUAUGCGUAGGUGGUCGUUGGUUAAAGCUUGGAGCUCUAAAUAGUUCCCUCCCACUCUGAAAAAAAUUAUUUAAGGAACAGGAGUUAAUCAUGAGGUUCAUUCUUUAAAAGAUGCUGCCAAUUAGAGUCGUUUACAAUGCCAAUAUUCAAGGAUGUUCUCAGUAAACUUUAUGUAAAAUAUCUAUCGUAGUUAUUAGGUGGUGUAUUAAAGAUAGCUUUCAGAUGAUCAUUUGUUCUCUAAUAAAUUCAAAAUAUAUAACCAGAG